GGGAAUGAAAAACGGUUGGAUGAGAGAAACGUAGUGGUUCUAUCAAUGGCGGGUACUUCUACUACUACUUCUCCUCCUUCAACUCUCUUUCUCUCUCUAUUUUCCCAUUCUCAAACACAAUGCAAAACACCGCAACACCCUUGUUUCAAAUCGAACAUCGAAAAGCGUGCUCUCAUUCUCUGCUCUGCCAAGAAGAAACUCAGUUUUACUGAUCAAAUUCUUGACUAUAUAGAAGGAGGUCCCAAAUUAAGGAAAUGGUAUGGGGCACCUGAUCCCUUCUCUAAAGAUGAAUCCACUUUUGAAGAUGAUGAUCAAUCAGAAGUGGAAGAAGCCAGGGAUGCAGUUUUAGUAACUGAUGGAGAUAGUGAGAUAGGCCAGAUGGUAAUAUUGUCCUUGAUUGUCAAAAGAACUCGAGUUAAAGCACUGGUAAAGGACAAGCAGGCUGCACUUGAAGCCUUUGGAACUUAUGUUGAGUCAAUGGUUGGAGAUGCAAGUGACAAAAAAUUCUUAAAGAAAGCUCUAAGAGGGGUUCGCACAAUAAUAUGCCCAAAUGAAGGUUUCUUAUCCAAUGUUGAGGGCUUGAAAGGGGUGCAACAUGUAGUUCUCUUAUCUCAGUUGUCUGCUUAUAGAGGUUCUGGUGGCAUUCAAGCUCUCAUGAAAAGCAAUGCAAGAAAAUUAGCUGAGCAAGAUGAAUCGUUGCUGAUGGCCUCAGGAAUCCCUUACACUAUCGUCAGGGCUGGAUUGUUACAAAGCACUCCAGGUGGACAACAAGGUUUUAGCUUUGAGGAGAUGAUUAUUGAGAAGCAUAAGAGCAACUACCAUUUUCUAUGUAUAAGAUUCUUAAGGCUGUUUGCUCAUAAGUCAUCAAAUAAUGGAGCAAAUUCUACCCACUAUUAAAAAAGAAUUUACUUAUGAGACACAGAGACAGCUUCAUGUGUUGGUCAUUGCAAUGUGUUUUAGGCUUUUAGCAGUGACACGAUUGCUGUAGGAGACCUUUUUCAUUGGUCAUCAGGAAAUUGCAGGGUGGUGAAUUGUCCCAUUUUGUUCUCUAUAGCUUUAGGGUGCCAGAACUUAUUGUUUCCAUGGAGUCUUUCUCGAGCAAAUAUAGUCAUCACAAAAACUGAUUGUAGACAUUGAAGUUAUUUGGUUUCACUAAACAAAAGUGCUUUAGUUAUUGUCCAUAAGCAUUUAGGCAAAACAUUUUAAUGUUAUACUAAAGACAAUCAAUUAUAGACCCUUCUCUUCAUUUCUAGCCCAAACAUAGACCCCCUUUUGAUGCACAGAAAAAAGGAAAAAUAAAUCUUGUUUCUUUGAAGAUAGAUCAUUCUAUCAAACUUAUUUCUUCAAUCUGAUCUCAUGGGCCCUUGAAAUUUUGAUUCUAACUGAAAAUUUUAGGGAAUUGGCAAGCAUCUGAUGGAUAUUAACAAAAUUACCUUACAAGAUAACAAUAAUGAGGUCUGUUCUAUUGCUGUUGCUGAGUAUCAAACUUC